AUGCCGCGUCGCGGCUGGCAAGGCACGGCAGAUGGGACGCCAGAACCGCAGCCGGAAGUAGGCACACCCUGGGAGAAGGGUCCGCUGUGGGGAGCCGCGACGAACAUGCGUGUGGGCGAAGCGAAUACGGUCGUCCCUUGCGAGUACCUGAAGGAGUUGUGCAGUCGCAGCGAUCGCCUGAGAGAAGAGGCUGCACAUCAGAUCCGAAUUCAUCUGGAGGUCAUGGCGAGAGAGAGCAAGGGUGGAGUAGGGAGAGUCGUUGAGGAGGUCUGCGCUUUGCUGUGGAGCCUCAUUACUAGCCGGCAGCUCACCACGCAGCUCGGGGCUCUGGAGCUCAUGUGCGCGCUCCUUGUUGGCCCCUUCCUUUACUGGGAGAAUGACAAGCUUCAGCUACCGUUCCUUCACCUCGCUUGCGAGACUCUACGCUGCGCCGCGGUUCCUGCGGCUCAGGAAGUAACAGGCGGCGCCAAGGAGGAGGAUGGCUGCCCUGAAGACUCUCAGCAGGAUAGCACCGUUGAAUCGAACCAGCGGAAACUGGAGCCUCUUAUCACGGAGAGACAGUGCCUUCUCGCGUGGAAAGUGGCGGAAGCCAUCAGCCUCAUCGCAGUUUCAGGCAACGCCGGCACAGCUUCCAAGGCGUUUCGCAACUUGCUGCGCGUAUCCUACGUUGGGUGGCUCCGUCGAGGCCAGCCUACGCUGUAUCAGCUUACGGCAGUUCGGAUCAUCGGGCGCCUGGCGAGGUGUCGGCCGGACGCUGUCCCGGAGGAUGUUCGGAAAGAGCUGCUGGAGUGCCGAAUCUGGGAAGCAAUUCACCAUGCACACCAACCGCGGCUGCGAAAGGCUGGCGUCGACGCUCUGCGUGCUCUGCUAAACAGUCACGGUCGUCUGAAAGAGAAGUCCGGUGCCAGAGCGAGGCUCCGUCGGCGUCGGAAAAGUCAAGUCCAGGGUUGCUUCGACGCUCUCGACGCCCCGCCUCGCGUCGUGCGUGACACGCCUGAAAGCUUCCAGAAGUCUGGUCCGCGGUCUCCAGAUGCAGGGUACCAUGAGGAUCGGCCGUCUGGCUUGGGACAGUUCUGGAAACACUUGCUCAAAGGACUUGCCGCACGGAGUGCUGCCUUCUGUGCGGCAGGCACGCACAAGGAAGGCGCCGCACCUGCUGCUGCGCGUACCGGAGGGCCGGCGAAGGAAGCUCACCCUCUCAAUAUCUUUUCGGUUGCUGAACAUGCGGAAGAAACACAGACACAGGAUGAGGAGACGGCGCUCGGAGGCGACAGCGGCAGCCUGCACGGGUGCGACACGCAGAGGCGACUCAACCACACAACGAGAGUCCUGGAAGGGUGCCCCUGUGGCUCUGCAUCUUGGAUGUCGCACAGUCUUCGACGGAGGACCAGGGAAUGUGAGAACCGAGGCGCGUUAGUGUCAUCUUGCCCAGUCUGCAAGGCGGUGGCGCUCCAACAAGGUUCGCUCCUUGCACUCGCUGAGGUGUUUGAAGCGUCCAAACACAACCAAGCGAUCCUGGCGGAGGUGCGACAGCAUUCGUCAGACAUCAUCCCCCUGCUUCAAGACCUCUUCUUCUCCUUUCCCACUCUCGUACACCCCACGAGGCUGGCGCUGGCGCGUAUUCCGCCGCUGCUAGCUUGCGUCGGAGACGUUUGGUUCCUUGAACGUGGAGGCCUCGAUGUGUCGAUUUCUUGCGUCUUCUCUCUCCUUCGUGAUCACCCUCGUGUUUUUGUCUCUGAGAGGAGCGCGAGCGCGUGGGGCGGCACUGCUGGUGCAGCGCCGAUUGAACGACCACACAGCGAAACAGAGUUGGCCGACGUUCCAGAAAGCUCCUCGCUAGGCGGAGCUCUCAAUGAACAGGACACAGCGCUUAGGCCGUCUGCUUCGGCACAAAAGUCCCAGACUUCUGCAUCACGAGAAAACCACGCUCUGGAAUCGGGAUCAAGAGUGAGCGGCACUGAAGUCGGCGAAACCACUGACGGUUGCUCUCCGGCGGAUCACACAUCCAGCAGACAGAUGCCUGGGGCUUCCUCUGAGAAGCCGGAAGCGGGGCCGGGAGGGGAGACAGGGCCGCCUACUCUCCCUACAGGGGAACCUGCAGGCAAACAUAUGUCUCCCCCGCAGGGUGAGAGGCGCGGAUCUUCGGACUCAGGAGCCGUGAGAGAGACAGGGAAAGAACUCCUCGAGGAAAUUUCAAGCAGCACACAAUCAAGGUCGGCGGCGCGCGGCGCAGGCAGCGUCGCGAAAGAGCCGGCGCCACCAGGUGGUUUCUCACCACAAGCUUCUCGUGACGCGCUUGCUUCUCCGGGAGAAGGGCCCAACAUCAGCCCCGCAUGCGGAACCUGCUCCGCGGGGACAGGAGGAGAAUCGGCCGAUUCUCGCUCGCGGCCGUGCGGAACGCCCGCAACUCAAACUCUAAACAGUGGGGGGAGCGAUCGGUACAAUAACGGCGUUGCGGCCAUCACGUCCCAGGCAGCCGAGGCGUGUGCAGCUUUUAACUGUGUAGCCGAGCUGGCGCUGCAGCUUCCGGAAGCCAUGGAAACUCGCGUGUAUCAGUUCAUCCCGGCUUUUCUUCGCGCCAUUGAGCUAGGUCUGAUCGGCUUUCCGCUUCCCGCGGGUGGGGACUCGCCUGGUGAUGCGGGCGGAGUCAGAGAAAAGGCAGCGUGCACCGAGAGAGAAUUUGGUGAUGAUCCUUUGCAUGGUGAAAGACCACCUGCAUCCCAACACGAACGUGACUCACGCAGUCGCUUUCUGGCAGGGGAUCAUCGGCGCAGCGUCUGCCCUGAUAUCGAGGAAGAACAGCCGGGUUCGGUGUCUGGACAGGAGACGUCGGUAUCUGCUGGCGACGGGGUUCCGGAAACAGCUCAGCUGUUGACUGAGGAUUCUUCUGGGGAAAAAACACCGCAGCAACUCCUGCUUUCCGCUUCUGAUUCCAGCGUCGACGUGCCAGAAUCUGCUCCGGGAAUUUUCUCGUUUCUUGACGAUCCACUCUGUCAGCGCUGCGAACAGAUGCAGAAAGAACGCAUGGACAUGGCUCACAAGUUAGUGCAGCAUGUGGCGCUCCAGUGCGUCUCGAAACUGAUUCGCGCUUUCGGGGGGCACAUGAAGGGCCGUCUUGAUUUUCUGAUUCAGUCAAUGUUCUCUGGAGGCAUCAACCGCAGCCUGUUGGAGGCUCUCCAACAUCUGGUUGGCUGCCCGCACAUUCACCGAGCCGUUCAGGACUUGUUUGUAGCUAAUGUCCAAGCAGGUCUAGGUUCCUUCAGAAAGGCAUCACCUUCUCAGAAAUCGUCUCCGUAUUUUGACUCCCACUCUCAAGACAUGGCGUCUACACAGCUCUUUUUCGUCAGAAAAGGAGACGCUGAGCGCCACUCAGACAAAAGCUCAAUCAAUGGCGACUUGGGGCACCUGACUUCUCCAACUGGCGACGAAACGACUUCGCGACCUCUUGGGCUUCAGGCAAACGAGCACACAGGCCGGCCGAGCGUCAGCGUCGCGUGCGCCCGUUGUGGAGCCCACGUCGCGCCGGCCACGCUCGGUGAAGAAGGUGGGAGCUUUGACCCGGCGGGGAUGCAGGGUACUAAUGCGAUCGAGACAAUGCUUCUGGCUAUGCAGGGCGCCUUCUGGUUCGGAGUGGACGAUUUCCAGGUGAGACUGGUUGUGGCCGAAUGCGCGCUGCAGCUGACGCGCCACCCGCAGGCUCCCGUCCGGGCUGCGGCCGUCUUGACGGUCUGCCGUCUUCUUCUCUCGCCGUCCAAAGUCUUCGAUGACCCAACCCCCGGCGCACAGGGGCACAUGCGAACUCGAAGCGAGACCAGCGGCUCCAUGGAAGCCUAUGCCGCGACAACUUGUGAGCCCGAUGGUAGAAGAAGAUAUCCUGAGCUGUACAGUUCUCGCAAAAUAUCCCUUUACUCAUCACACGCAAGAGACACGGGGGACACCAGGCGGGCCUUACGCCAUGGUGAGACGGACGAAAACGUCGGCGCUCGAGAAGCGCGCGCGUCUGAAGACGUAGCCUGGCCCUCGGCAGGGAUUCUCGAAGGCGCACGCCGCCACGCUGGGACCGUCGCCUCCGAGCACACUGGAGAUUCUGUGCGCAGUCUCGUCAAAUCUGACGGCACCCGCGUACCAAACAGUGUGCUUGCGCAAGACCUUGACAACAGAAGCACGCACAGCGCAUGUGUAGCAGACAGCACGGUUCCGGAGCGUCCUUACGAGACAUGUCGCACGAAACAAGGCGCUGUAGAGCUCCCCGGCGGCGACGCAAGCACGGCGGCCCUUGUGGCGGAGGCGGGAGAUCUGCUCGGGGGCGCGCAGUUUCCUGGGGACAGGUGCGACGACCGGGAGUGGCACGCCGAGUUGGCCCGAGUAGAACGGACCCGCGUCUGGUGGGAACAGGAACAGACGCCGCAGAUGUUGUUUCUCCAGAGACAGCGAAUUUUGUUAAUGCUGCAUGCACUGUUCCCCCAAGUGUCGACUGAUGUGUCACUGGAAGUCCGAAUGGCAGCCGUCCGCGCUCUUGACGAGGCGGGAGAUGUCGCCACACCGCUCAUGCGUCACUCGGUCGUCCUGGUGGAGUCGCUGCUGACCUUCUGUCUUGAUGAAGACAUCAUGGUCCGCCGAAGAGCAGUCAAGGUCCUCUGCAGGUUGUCGCGUCUUGAGCAAGCUAUCCUCUCCGUUCGCGGUUUGACCGGCCUCGCCGUGAACUACAUGAGUCAGAUUGUUCUGUCCUCGGCUCGACGACCCUUCUGUCGUGAGGCGGUGCCCCACGUUGCCGAGCUCUUGGCCUCCCUCUGCGUCUCUGCCCGUUCGCUUCUGGCGGCGUUCAUUCGCCCUGCCGUUGAGUUGAUCGUCGCGCACCUCAGGCGAGCUGUCUUGGGCGACUCGGACAGCCAAAGUGCCAGCUUCCCCGGUGGACAAGUCGCCAGCCGCGCGCGCACAUCGUUCUCAGUUUAUUACCCCAUGGCCCAACAUUUGCUUCACCCCGGCAGAGGCGAGACGAGCGACGCAGAGGAUGUCCACGAGAAGCGCGAACCCGGCGAGGCGGUCGGCGGAUCCCACGACCUUCGAGAAGUCAGUGGCGUUACAGAGGGAGGGUGCACGGACGACAGAAGGCCAGCGACCGCUCUCUUCGUGGAGAAGUUGAGUUCGUUAGACGAUGGCGACAGCAGCGACGACUGGGGGCUGAGAGACCUUGCGCGAGAAGCGGCCGGAGACGAACUCGGGUUCUCGUCCCCGCUGGGUGGCGAUGGCGCGCCUUGUGGUGGCGUGACGCGCUUCCAGCAGACCCGCGACCGGGCGUUGUCGUUCUCAGACGGGGCAGUGAAGAAAGACGGAAGGAAACGGUGCACGGAUAAAUGCCCAAGUUGCGGCAGCUCACAUCGGGGGCAUGUGCAGGUCCUUCUGGAGACUCUGGAGAAGUUCUGCGCGGUCGCUGAUCGGCAGCUGCUUCAAGAGAUCUUCGUGCAAGUUCUGCCCAUGCUGCAAGUGGUUAUUACGAGACCGAGUGAAGACGGCCAGUGCUCCGCUGGUGUCUCCCUGCUGGUUGCCUUGAUCCGGCAAACGGGAAACUGCACCCUUACACCCGACCAUCGCCGCAUCCUCCUGCGUACUUUUAUACGCGUUCUCGUGCCGCUCCUGCGACAGAGAGAACGGAAGCUGAAGCUGCAAGUCAUGCGUGCAGUCGGCACUUUGGGUGCGAUUGCGCCAGAGAUCUACAAUGCUGACGAUGGCGCACCAACGGCGCAUCUUGUGUGGCACAGAGGAGCAGCCACGGAGGGGCACGAGGGCGCUCACCCAAGCACAGGUCCCGCUGACAGCCGCGCCUGGAGGGAACCAGGAAGGGAGGGUGGCAUGCGUGUCCCCUCGGAAGAAAAGACAACAGGCGAGCAACGUACCGAUGGCUUCCGAUGGACCAGCCUUAGACAGAUGGACAGGUCCGGUCUCCAAGAGGGAAGCGAUCCGUGUACGGCAGAGACGCUCGCCGCGGCGUCUCUAGUUGAAGCCAUAUACGCCUCGCACGCGAUCGGCGGCAAGAAUCGACCUGGGACCUUCUCGGUUUUCCGGCCUGCUCGUCGGGUGACUGUUGAUGACCCGCUUGUGAACGACACCUUCACGAGCGUCGACAGGCUCGGAGGCGGGGCGAGCAGAGGCGCCACCACCAAAGAAGGAACAGGUCUGGACGAUGCCGAAGAAACGUGUCGUGGAGGUUUGGUCCAUGGACGAGACGUCUUUUGGUUAACUCGGCGCUGUUUGACGGUGCUGACGAACGUCGCCCAUGACCCCAGUCUUUCCCAUCUUCACUUAACGGCCUUCGUCGCUAUGGCUCGAAUCGUGCGUUCCUACUUGGUGCAAAAUCCUCGGAUGUCCAGCGUCUCUGGCGUCCCCAUGCCGGCAGAGAGCCUGCGGCACGAUAUGCUGUACCAUGUGUCCAACGACGUGCUCCCGCCUUCCCGAGGCUCCGUUUCGCAACGUGGGAGCUGGAACCAGAUCCUGGGGGGAGAAACUGGUGCAGAGCUGGCGUCGCAAGCGUUACCCUCGAUGCUGCCUCAGUUUCUCCAAACAGCGGCCUCUCUUUUAACGGCGUCGGGAUUGUCUGGCGAGCAGCGACUGGCGAUCUUAGCAACCUUGGAGCAAGUGCCGUCGCUGUACAAACACACCCCGUGUCAGACGUCGCUAACUUUCCUCGAUGUCCUUUUCGACCUCUUGGACCAGCGGCUGGCUGAGCUCAGGGUGGAGUGUCAACAUCUUCCUCACACACGCGCGAAAGUGCCAGGCAGUUCUGGUUGGCCGUCCGACUUCGCCGAGCAGUCAAAGAGUGAGCGUCUCAGUGAACGCAGACAGGGUCCGCGACCUGAAGGCCACGCGCCUCCCAGAUCCCCGCACACCGGCCCCGAAAGGGUAGCGCGCAGCGGAUCCCGACCGGGCCUUGCCAGAAGAGUUGACUCACAUGGGUUUUCCUCACGCACACUCUCCACAGUCGCGCAGCGAAAGACGCUUUCGGCAGUGCCGUCGCGUUCCCCAGCAGCGAUGCGUCGUGGACGAGCCGCAGGAAUCGCCGCAGCUUUCUCGAGACGCGCCUGGGAUGUUGUGCGUGGGAAGGCACGGGAAACAUCGCCCGGGAGGAACCGCAGCGAAUGGCGUUUGUCGAUAAUCGACUGUGAUCCGUCGUCGAGCGACAGCUACGAUUCGACGUCAGAUUCGUCUCUUAGUGGCGAUGGGCAAGACUUGGACAGCAUCUCUGCAGAUGAGGACCCACUGGACCCUUCGACGGAGGUUCUGGAUGAGUAUGGAGCGGUCAAAGGGGAUUGGUGGCCUGCGGACACGUCCAGUACAGCUGAAAGGGAGAUCUGGAUCCUUCUGCCUCUUCUCGAGAUUUUCCUGACGAAACUGCCAGGCCGGAUCACGCACUACAGCAGCCGUGCGGCUCGGCAGCUUCAGGAGCUCCUGCAUAUUCGACGUUGCUGCCCCCACACGGCCCUCGCGGAGCGGGCGCUUCAGACGCUCCAGCGAUGUGCCUUGAUCCUGCGACCUACCGUCGGCCACCAGAUCCUGUUCCUUGCUCAGCUCUGCACGGUUCCGUCAAUGUCUCCUUCAUCCUUUCUGGUGUCCGGCGAAGUCGCGGCGCCGGUGACCGCCCGCAUUGCGGACCUGUUCUGUGAAGAUCAAGACAGUGCCGCGCGACGCUUCGAUCGCUGGCUGCUCACUGAGCAGAAACGGGAGCAGGCGGGGUCUCUCCGGUGCAGAUGCUGCUGCUGCUCUGCAGCGCCUCUGCAGCUCCGACUGGCGCUCCUAAAAACUGUAGAAACCCUGUUGGCCGACUGCGGCUUCCCACUGCUUCUGGGAGGCACCAUGUGCCGCCUCAUGAGCAUUCUGCAUUGUGCGGAUGAUGAGGGCGUUCCGGUCGAGCUGCGAGAGCAGGUCCUCUCCGUGGUUGAGACUGUCCGGUACCUCUUUCCCAAAGAAGCCGGAGUGUACGUACGCCAGCUCCAAAAGGCCAUAGUCGCUUCCGGAAAGCCGUAUCUUACCGAUGGCAGCUUCGUGGGGAAGCAACCGAGUCCUCCGCCGCCCGCUCCUCCCUCUUCCAUUGACCUCCACGCGACCCUCCAGCAGGGAGACUCCGAGGCUUCGUGGGGCCGUGACGCUCGCGGAGAGCCGCUACCCCCAGAGGCGAGGAGCGCACCUGAUAGCACCGGGCUUCGCUCCACGUCUGUUUCCGCAGACCCCAGAAGGACAUCCGAGGAAACGCGCCCACGCCCUUCUGCGCAGGCCGCGAAGACCUCGAUUCACAUUCGAGGUGUUCCCGAAGCGUCCACUCCAGAGCUGCGCCCGGCGCGGCAUUCGUGGAGCAUGAGUGGCUCGGCAACGCAGCAUCAGCUGGGUGACAGUGAUCCGGAAAACAGCGAGGUAUCUUUAGAGGGGCGACUCUCGGAGCCGGGGCCUUUCGUGCAGAACCCAGGACGGGCCUUACUGAGACACGCAGGAAUUUGCCGGGGGGACACCCUGCAGGGCGCUUCGUGGGCAACGACGCACCCCGCAGUCGCCAACCUCGACACGAUCCGAGAGAUAUCCGAGACGGAGAAGAGGCUAGGCGACAGCGAGGACGACACGUUCGACUCUGGACAACGCGUCUUGGAUCAAGCACUCGGGGACGAGCACCGCAGACACCAUAAAAGAGAGAAGCCAGAUGCGCGAGAAAGAAGAAUGACACGACGCACGAGGUAUCAGAAGAAACACGCGACGCGGAGGCGGAGCGAGGGUUUACACUCGCGGACGGGCGAGACUGCGCACGAGCUCUGGACAAACUGCGACUUCAAAAAUAAAGCCGAACUUCACUGUUGGUUUCGGAAUGUCUCUCUGGCGAUGCUAAAGGAAUGUCGCGCCCCAGUGGUACGGGCUUGCCUGCCAGUCGCCCUGCAAGACCCCAGCGUCACUGCAUCUCUACUGUCUGCAGUUUUUCUGACCUACUGGGCAUCGUGCUGCAGCAAGGGUGCUCUCUAUCAGAUGUACCAAGUGGGGCGAGGUUUGCGAGGUGUUCUCCUCUGCCCCGACGUGACGGUGCCCGCGCUUCGGCGGGUGCUAGGGCUGAUCGAGAUGAUUGAGCAACAGCGCUGGCCGUUGCCUGUGGACACUCAACUCCUCGCUGCAGUAGCCGAAAAGUGCCAGGCGAAUGCGAAGGCGAUUCGUUAUCGUGAGGAGCUUUGGCUAGCGGAUCCAGGAGGCUCGGUGGAGGCGCUGAUUCGUCUCAGCCACGGGGCGCAACAGUUGGAGGCUGCUCGAGGCAUCCUGGCGCAUGCGCAGAAGAAACUGCGCCUCCCGGUGAAGGAGUGCUGGUACGUCCAGCUGGGCGACUGGGAGCAGGCGUUGGAGGCGUACGAGCAACGCGAGCGAGAAGACCCGAGCAACGCGGAGUGGCUGAAGGGCAAAAUGCGGUGCCUUCGCGCUCUUGGAGAGUGGGAGCGUUUGGCCGUCUUGGCUGACGACCUCUGGCAAGACGACCCCUCGCAGUUCUCGCCUUACGGCGCCGGCAACUACACCUCUCUGCGCUCCGGCUCCGACAUGUCCACUGUGCAGUUGCCCUCUGCUUCCGCUUCGCCGCGGACCUCAUCUUUUGCCUCUGCGUCUCCGAGCUUGUUUUCCCCCGCUGCAACCAGUGCGCACGCGCCUGUCCCAGGCACGCAGCACCCCCGUGGUUGGCAGUCUUUCCUUGGCCAGGUGGACAAAGGAGAGUCGCCCUACGUCGGGCCGGCGCACAAUUGUCGCUCGUCGCCCCUGUCGGACCCUGUUCCGGGCGGGUCUGCGCACUCGCCCCAAGAACGCGCAAAUGAUGACAGACGCGCGCAGGACUUCCAGAGUCAACUGGCGGAACGGCGCCGGGAGACAGCCAGCCUUGCAGCCUCGGUCGCUUUCCACUUUCGCGAUUGGGCGGCACUCGAGCGCUAUGUUCAGUGGUUCCCGGCAACCGACUCGUGUGAACACGCGUUCUACAUGGCUGUUCUGCGUGUCCAUCGUGGCGAUUUUGAGGCCGCUCUGGAAGAGAUACAGCGCGCGCGGCAGCUGCUCGAUCCGGAGUUGACGGCGCUGCUAGGGGAGUCUUACAAGCGGGCGUACCCCGCGUUGGUGACUCUGCAGCAGCUCGCCGAACUCGAGGAGAUCGUCGAACUGCUUCAGCGCCAGAGAGACAGACGAGAGGAGGGGCAGCAGCUGCUCGGCUCCGAGUGUGUCGAUGGAAACCAGAGCUACGCAGCUCUUCGCAUGCACGAUUUCCCAGCUUCCCGGAACCUCUCAGAGACGGAGACAAUCCGGUGCAGGCGCCAGUCGGACGUUUCGAAAGGUUUCCUGCCGCCGAGCUCUGCGGGUUGGGGCCUGCGCGACAGCGACUUACGCGGCCGGCCUGAGGACUCGGCUGAACAGCGACAGCCGCUAGGGCGCACCGAAGGAUGGCAGCAGGACCAGCGGAGCCGCGGAAGUUCGCCGCCGCGGUAUUCCGUCCACGAGCAAGACGACAUCGGCGAAGAAGGCACAUCCUCAGAGCAGCUACGCCAUCUGUGGCGCACGCGCCUCGCCACCUGCGAAUCGGAUGCGGAAAUCUGGCAAAAGCUGCUGCGGGUCCGUUCGCUCAUCGUCUCCCCCCAUGAAGACGCCACCACGUGGCUGCGCUUUUCUUCUCUUUGUCGGCAACAACAACGCGCUCGGCUGUCUGUGGAGAUUAUCCAGUGCCUCCGCGACCACCCGCACUCGCGCCACGAUCCUCGUGUGGCCCUGGAAGCCUUCAAGGUUCUCCACGCGGUCGGACGCAAACUGGAGGCUCAGCUGCUCCUCACGAGCUUCUGCUGUCAGUUCGUGACGACGUUCUUCAACGACAUGCCCGAGCAGCUGCUCUGCGCUCAGGACUCGGACGUGCCGCUCUGCGUGCGGGCUGCGAACCUGCUUGAGUUUCGCGCGGUGCCGCCGAAGGUUCGCGGACUUCGCGUCGCGGGCCUGAGUACGCUUUCCGGAUUCGCUCAAGGCUUCGUCGAUAUGAACGUCUCUUUGCCCUCGUUGACCCCUCGGAGCGAACAGCUCCUCCGCGCGACGGGCCACUGUGAGCUGGACACAGGCGCGCUGUUGGCUCUCGGGCGGCGCGAGGUGUACAGACGCUUCCUUUCUGACGUGAGGAAAACCGUGCAACGCCACCAGGACUUGCGUCGCCUGCUGCCGCCUGAACUCGUGGUCGUCAAACUCAUGGAAGAGCUCGAGGAGAGAAGCUCGCCAGGAGCUGAAGGAGCAAAGGGCCCACGGCCCUCACGCGAAGAGACCGUGGGGGGGUUUGCUCGGCGUCAAGGCUCUGACCCCGUCUGGGAGCGCCUGGCACGCGGCGAGCGCCUUUUGAAACCGACAGACGAGCAGCCACUCCCUGCAGUGUUGUUUCUGGACGAGCCGACCAGCAUGUGGAGGAGAGAGAUCCUCCGGGAUGGCAGCUGGUACCUCUCUCUGAAUCUGUGCAACCAAGCCGUCCACGGCGGCCUGCAGCAGUGGAACCUCGGCUCCGCCGCGGGGUUGACGAAGGAGGAAGGACUUCGCCUCCUUUCUCGCAGCCACUUGCGACUAGCUCAGUGGACGAAGGACACGUACAACGCUGGCCAGGGUGCGCCGUUCUUGCUGCACGACAUCCAUUUCCACUCUCGGCGCAAAACGGGUUUCGCCUCAAGCUCAGACGGCUCGCGUUCGGCGACGCGGUCCACCCCCGCGUCUAGGCCGGGGCUCCCCGUCCACCACGGCCCAGCUCAAAUACAUGCCUCCUGGGCCUGCAAUGCCGACGCACUCUUUCAGGUUCUUCACUGGCAGCGGCGAGGGGUGUUGUUUCAGAGCCGGAACGCGAAGGCGUGGUCAGCGUGGGCUCUAACGAAUUUCCAGGUCGCAGAGGCGCUGAAGAUUGUCGCCACCGGCUCGCCGCCAUUUUCCAGCAGCAACAACUCUUCCACUGUCUCUUCGAGCACCGCACACGCGAGAGGCGUGCGCGUCUCCCGCCGAUCUGAGCAGGCGGACUCGCCCGAAUUAGGAGCCCUGCCGGAACGGAGGGGGAGCCGGGACUUUGCGCAAGACGGGCGGAGAGAUGGUGAGUCUCACCAGAGCGCACAUUUUGAGUCGUCUUCAUCGUUCGCGUCCUACACACGGUCAAAUUCGCUUGUGAGCUUCUGCUACGACGGCGGAUCGGGCGGCGCGGACGACGGCCACCGCCGACAGCUGCGAGGGCCGGGAGAAAGCCAGUACGCCGACAGCGCGGUCUUGUUGCAGCAACCACCCCUUCUUCCGAACGCCUUGACUGACAUGUACCACGCGUGGGAGCCAUUCGCUGCAGAUUUGCCGGAAACGGACGAGAAUGGAAAGGCGGGGAAGUCUAGGGAGCGGAGUCCCCACGCUGACCAGCCCAGGGGAAAGGAAGAGCCGUCUGGAGACCGGGCGGGCGAGCGUGGGAAAGAGGCGGAUCGCGGCAGGGCGGCGAGACACCGCGGGGAGGACGGACGGCAAACCCAGCAACACCGGCCGGGGGAAAAGCAAGACGAGGCCAGAGACGUGGAUUUCUGUUCACUCCACGAAGCAGACAGCAGCACGGGAACCCCUCGGGGACAGCCGACGGGAGGCGUCGCUGCAGAGGAACGGAGCGAAGAAGAAAGAGAGGCACUGAUGUUGGCCAGCAUGCUCCCGCAUUUCAUCGUGGAAGCCGUUCGCGCCUUCCUACGGUCGAUCGAGCUGCGGCCUUCCAGAUCGAGCCUCCAGGACAUUCUACGGCUGAUCAAACUCUGGUUUGUGCAUGCAGACAUCCCCGUCAUCUGCCCCUUGGUCCAACACGGCGUGAGCACAAUCCCGUUGGCAACGUGGCUGGACGUGAUUCCGCAGCUCGUGGGACGCCUAAGCACGCCGGAUUCGUGCCUGCGCGGAUCCCUCAUGAAUCUUCUCAGCAAAGCAGCUGUUCAGUUUCCUCAGGAGUUGAUCUUUCCCCUCGCCGUGGCGAGCAAGAGUGCAACGCCGCAUCUCUCCUCGUCUGCAUGCGUCCUCUUGAAUAUCAUGGCGCGCGACCACCGCGAGCUCGUCCAGCAUGCGUUGCUGGUCAGCGAAGAAGUUGUCCGGGUGGCGGCUCUCUGGGAAGAGCGGUGGCUGCGCUGCCUCGAGCAAGCUAGCGAGGCGCACCACACUCGGAACGACUUCCGGAAAGCUGUCGCGCUUCUGGAGCCGAUGCACGAGGAAUUGAACCGGGGCCCUCAGACUUUCAGAGAAACGCUGUUCCUACAAAAGUACGGCCGGGAGUUGGAAAACGCGUACACGUACCUCAAGCGAUUCAAGAGAAGCGGGAACCGCUACGACGUGGACCAGUGCUGGAUGUUUUACCUGCCUGUCUUCACGGGGCUUCUCAAAGACUCGCAAAACAUAAAACGGCUGGACCUCAAGGAAGUCUCUUCUGCCCUCGCAGAAGUGAAAGACCUGAAGGUCGCCGUCCCUGGUUGCACUGGCGUAGACGGCAACUACCCGUUGAUCCGAUCGUUCCUGGGAGAGGUCUCCGUGUUCACCUCCAAGCAACGCCCGCGGAAGAUCGGGAUCAUGGGCAGCGACGGGCGAGUCUGGAACUUCCUCCUGAAGGGCCAGGACGACUUGACGCAGGACGAGCGAAUUAUGCAGGCGCUCCGCUUGAUAAAUCACUUGAUGAAGAGCAACGCGGACGCGCGGCGGAAGGAGCUGUCCAUCCCGCUCUACAGCAUCGUCCCUCUCUCACCCACUGCAGGCCUCAUCGGCUGGCUCCAAAACACGGAAACCAUGCUCACGUUGAUCAAGGCCUUCCGACAGCGAGAGGGCAUCCCUGUCAAUCAUGAGCAACUCGUGUUGAAGUCGCUCUAUCACAAAUACGAGUCCCUGACGCUUCUUCAGAAGGUGGAUCUCUUCGAGCAGACGUCGGCUGCGACAAGCGCACAGGCUCUGCGGCGGGUCCUUUGGCUGCGGGCACGCAACAGCGAGGAGUGGUUGGUGCACCGAGCGAAUUUUUGCAAGAGUGUUGCGGUCAUGUCCAUGGUAGGGUAUGUCCUUGGGCUUGGAGACCGCCACCCUUCGAACAUGCUGCUCAUGGGCGAGACUGGGCGCGUUGCGCACAUUGACUUCAGCGAUUGCUUUGAGGUCGCCGCCUACAGGCCACGCUGCCCUGAAAAGGUUCCCUUCCGGCUGACGCGCAUGAUCGUUUGCGCUCUGGAAAGUGGGACAGUCGAGGGAACAUUUCGAGCAACCUGUGAGCAAGUCAUGACGCUUCUAAGGACAAACCAGGACGCCAUUGUCGCCAUGCUCGAGGCAGCGUUUGUAGGCGAUGUCUCGACAGCACGGCGCCUGCAUCAGAUUUUUGGUUGGCAAUCCCACCGGAAAGUCCCGCCCAAGCCGACUGUCUCCGGCCCAUCUGGAUCCGGCUUCAGCUGGAUGGAAGCCCGACCUAGGUACGGCCACGGAGAACGCGUUUUCUUGCAGGCCUCCCUGAGGCCAUUCGAGCAGCAAUACAGACGCGGAGACAACACCCGCGACCUCUCAGCACAAGGCAGCUCGUGGAAGCGACUGCCGCGGAGUGACGGCGAAGACGCCUUCGAUCGCAACACUUCCGGACUGGCGACACCCCAGGAAGGCGGCCCAACGACCGCUGUGGGGCAUCGUCGCGGAAAUGUACAGCGCUUCGAGGGCGGGCAUCCUCGUGGCAGGGGACUGGGUGCGGACGAUUUUCUGGAACAGGAGACAGGAUCGGAACCCAGUGGCGACUCAACUGCACCAUGUGGCACCGGAAGCGUGCAGCGUCUCCAGUGCUACACAAAACAGGUGAUCGCUCGCGUCGAAGCCAAGCUCACCGGCUACGAUUUUGAAGAAUAUAUGGAUGUUCCGGCUCAAGUAGACAGGCUCAUCGAGGAAGCGAAUGGAGUUGAGAACUUAUGUGUGGCCUACGCCGGGUGGUGCCCUUUCUGGUGA